UUUCGAGGCACCUGAGAUUUCCUGUCAGAAAAAGAGCCCGAAGAGGAGUUUGAGCGCUCCGAAAAUCACAAGUAACGGAAGUGAAGACCAGGAAGUGAAAAAGACGAACUGAGGGUGUAUCCGACAGGAAGCACCACAGUGGAAAAGCCCAGAUGAGACCCUCCAGAUGAUGGAUGUCAUCCAACCAAGAAGCUGAGCUCCAGUCCUAUUCAAUAACCCCUUUCUUUGUUUUUAACCUUUCAGCUCUGCGUUACUAUUGGAGCGUUGCGCCCCGCCUCCUGCUCCCGGGCUCCUAAGGAGCCCCCUUCUCGGAGGGCUCGCAGGGAGCCCACUCCUGAUUGGACAGCAGGCUGCAUCCUUGCGGCUGGCUCAACUGAAAGCCCAGCUAGCACUGACGCAGAUAAACAACGCUCUCACUGUUGGUAGUCGAGCCGCGAACUUGACAGCCAACUCCAACCCACCUGCUCCUUACAUACCCACAACACCCCCCUCCCCGACUGCUGCGGCCAUCAAUCUCCUUAACCUUCUGAAGAUUGUAAACACCAUGUCUCACCCCCUGUAUAACCCCUAUACUCCCUCUGGGAACCAGAGUUCCUCCCAGGGACAAUAUGGACUUUCCAGUAUUCAGGCAGAGAGGGACCCUCAGAGGGCAGCUCCUCAUCUUGGAACUGGUUCCAGCUUCAGCUCUUCUGGUACUUCUUCUGCGGCCCCUGCCAGCUCUGGGCGAAUGAUCCCGUCGCUGCUGGCUCAGCCAGUGAGCCACAGGCCUGAACAGAGUAGAGCCGUAAGAGAUGAGGACUUAGAGAGGUCUGUAGAUAUGCAUAUUAGCAGAGCCAGAGAGGAAGUGAGGUACCUUAGCAAACCAGCGCAUCAGCCUGUAGACGAGGGCACUCGCUUUACUAGCUCAAGAGAUGAGUUUCUCUCCCCAGGCACAGGGAUGACCUCCUAUUCGAUGUCCUCAACCUCUGCCUCUCUGGGACAUAGACACUCUGAUGUUGAAAGUGGCAGUAGCUCCUUGGACUGGUUGCCAAACUACAAAAGGUCAACUGCUGAUGAUUCCCCUAAAUUUUAUCCAUCGUCUGCUUCAUCUAGCUAUACCGCCAGCGGAGACGGUAGGUUUAAUGCCUCCAGUGAAAGAGAACGUGAUAGGCAGUCCAUUCCAGGGUUAGGUGAUUAUGACUAUCCAAUGCCUGACAAACCUGCGGCCCCUCCUGAGUCAAGUCGCCCUAAGUAUACUUCCGAAUCAGCUGCUAACAUCCUUUUGCACUUUGGACUUGAAAAAGAGGACUUGGAACAUCUCAUCUCUUACCCUGAAGACCAGAUCACCCCCGCCAACCUGCCGUUCAUCCUGCGCCAAAUCCGCAUUCAGAAGGCCAAGAGAGCUACAACUGCAGACCAGCCAAAACCCUACCCUGAAUCUCAGCCCACCAGAAGUGUGAGUGGCAUGGACAGUUUCAGCAGUUCUGGAAGGGCAGGAAUGCGUGAGGAGGACAUUACUCCAUCAGUUCGCCAGCCCAGUAAAGUGAUUGACUAUGGCCAUACUGGCAAAUACACUGUAGGGGUUGUGGAUGAGAUUGGAAGGACCAGUGGCAGAAGAGCCAACAGUGGUGGAAGUGGCAGCAUGCUGCUGGUGGACACUUACAGUAGUAGCAGCCACAGUCAAGAACCGCUGCAAAAAGAUACGACAGAGUUGAAAAGCGGCGCCUUGGGUUCUUCACGUGACCAGGGUAGCUCUUCGUACGGUUCAGUACGGAGCUCUGUAGCUCCUCCAAGCACUGAUCCUCCUAAACGAUUGCAGACCGAAUCAAACCAGACUUCUCAAACAAUCCUCGGCUCUUUUUCUAUGGCGAAGAAAGGCCCAGACGUAAGAGUCUUCAAGUCUGAAGCCUCCAAACCGCUUCCUUCGAUAAAACCAGAGACAAACAACCAGUCAACGUCGAAAACCCAGCCUUCCAGCAGUCGGUUCCACCGUGUGCAUCCUGGCCGACCUGGGCUUGUGCUCAUUGGCAGCAGUGAUGCCAGCGGCACUAAGGAUCAGAGUAAAACUCAAGGAAAAGAGUCAACAGUUGCUGAGCAGGUGAAAAAGCAGCAGGCGCAGCAGCAACAGACGCCGCAGCAACAGAAGCAGCAGCAACAGAUGCAGCAGAUGCAACAGAAUCAGCAGCAACAGAAGCAACAGAAUCAGCAGCAACAGAAGCAACACAUGCAGCAGAUGCAGCAGCAGCAGACACAGCAGCAAAAGAAGCAGCAGCACAUGCAGCAGACGCAGCAGCAGCAGCCAGUGUCACAAAUGGGGCAAGCGCUGUGUCCCCCAAUUUUUUCUGCUGCGCAACCUGUUGCUCUUGCUUCUCUCCUCUCCAGCAACAUGGAUGCCUCACUUGCCGUGCAGCGUUCAAUGUUUGUUCCCGGCGAUCCUCGCUCCCUCAUUAUUCCUCGAAUUCCACCUCAGCCGAUCCUGAGCCCGCUGAACUUCAUGCGUAUGUCACAGAUGCCUUCCAGCACUCAGCAUCAAGCGAAGAGUCCAUUGUCCAAGGGUCAGCCGACACCGGCCAUGAUGCAUGACUAUGCAGCGGCUACACCGAAAGUCUUUCCACAUACCUGUUCUCUGUGUUACAAAGAAUUCACUCAUUUGAAGGAUUGGAUCGCCCACCAGAACACCAGCCUUCACCUUGAGAGCUGCAAACUCCUCCGGGCACAAUACCCAGAGUGGGAUGGUGAGAUAGUACUCGGCCCCAGUGCUGCAGGGAAAGAUGCCAAGCCCUCACCCUCAGCUUCUGCCCAGACCGCUCAACAUCGUCACCAGAAAACCAGGCAUGGGAGCCGCUCCCGUUCCCGCUCCCGUUCCCGCUCACACAGCCCCCGCAGGCACCGCGGCUCGGAGAGUCGAAGGGAGAAACGCAGCCGAUCACGAUCACCUCACAGCUCCAGAUACACUCGCGGGUCCCGGUCUCGUUCCCGCUCCCCACGGUAUGACCGCCAUUCCUCCUCCCUCUCGGCCAGCCCCCGGAGGCACCACGGCUCGGAGAGUCGAAGAGAGAAACGCAGCCGAUCGCGGUCGCCGCACAGCUCCAGAUACACUCGCAGUUCCCGGUCUCGUUCUCGCUCUCCACGGUAUGACCGCCCUACCUCCUCCCGCUACCGGUCCCGUUCGAGGAGCUAUGAGAGACGAGCCUCACCGAGGAGGAGAGAUGAGAAACGGUCCUCGUCACAAAGGAGUGAAGAGAGGCGAUCCUCUCCGAGAAGGAGCCGUGAAAGGCGAUCAUCGCCAAGGAGGGGCGACGAGAGACGGUCAUCUCCAAGGAGGAGCCGUGAAAGCCGAUCGUCCACAGAGGGGUCGUCGCCUCAACGGAUGAGGUCGAGCAGCGCAGGGAGACUGGCUAAGAAACUACUGGAAAAAUCAGCUGUCCAGUCUCUGCCAAAAGGCUCUGACCUGGAGGCUGUUGUUAAAACUCUGGCUCCUGCCUUACUGGCAGAGCUAGCCAAGAUCAAGUCUUCCUCAUCAUCAUCAUCCUCUUCGUCACCCAAAGGAGGAAAACACCCUCAGUCUUCUUCCUCUUCUGGGGGAAAGAGCUCAUCCUCUGCUGCCCCUUCGUCAUCGUCCUCCUCCUCAGGAGCAAAGAAGAAGGAGUCGACCACCGGGUCCUUUAAAGCAAAGCCCAGUCCGCAGAAGAGCAAGGCAAGUGCUUCCCCCAAGGUGGCUAAAUCGUCUCCUCCAACCAUGGUGAAGCUCGAAGGGAUUCGCAGUUCUCUCUCGCACAAUGAUGUGGUGGCUGUUGUGGAGCAGUUUGGAAAAACAAAAUCAGUCGUCCUGUUUCGGUCCAAACUGGAGGCAAUCGUGUGUUUCGAGAAGGAGGAAGACGCCAAGAAGCUGAAGAGCGUAAAGAGCUUCGACAUGAAAGGAAUGCCAGUCACUGUUGUCCGGGAAAAGGAUGCUGAUUCUAAGGAGCAAAAGAAGAGUCCUCAGAAAAAACCUGCCAGUUCUGAAGUAUCCACACCUCAAACAGCUAAAUCCACAACCGCCGCCGCCACCCCCAAAACGGAUCCUCUCCCUGCAGCUUUAUCUUCAUCCUCAAAAAACACUUCCAAAAAAAACACAACAGGCAAACAGGCAAAAACUGCCGCGAAAGGCUCAGGUAAAGGCUCAACAGGUGUCACUAAAGGAAAAGCCAAAAUGGUCAAAUCUAAGGAGCAGCAGAAAGAGACAGCCAAGGUUGAUAACUCAGAAAACACAACUGUUGCUGAACCAACUAAAGGCUCAGAAAUGGGCACUGAUGCUCAGAAACCCAAAACAGCAGUGGACAAUUUAGCUGCAGCAGAAGCUGUGACAGAAGAAAAGGGAGAGGAAACAGCUGCCAUAAAUGUUCCAGAGACUUCAGAGUCUAAAGAACUGGGAUCAAAGGCUCAGGAAUCGGCGGCGGUGCCAGAAGACACAGCCACGGUUGUGGAAACAGGAAAUGCAGCGGUUUCUGCUGAAGUUGAUGUUGAGGCAAACGAGGCCAAAGAUGCUGAACCAAUGGAGGCUGGGGAAGUUGAAGCUGAAGUGAAACAGCCCAUGGAAGUUGAAAGUGGUGCUGAGGGUGAGCCGACACAGGCUGUACCAGACAAACCCAGUGAGAGUCAACCACCAACCAGUUCACAUGAGACUGUUCAGAACGCAGAAGCAGUUCCUCGACCUUUAGACACGGAUACUAAGAGCCCACAGAAUCCCAUUAAAACGCCUGAAACCUCUGUUAAAGCUUCAGUGCAGGUCCAGCACAGCACCCAGCCAGAGCCAGAGUCCACCGCACAAGGGCUGGAGACCAAGAGAGACUCUUCUCAAGUCCAGCAGCAGGCAGCAUCCAGGUCAGCCGCAGCUGCUUUACAGACCGAGCUAACAGUCAAAGGGAUGGAGAAAAUAAUACAAAAAGGAGAUCCUGUGUCUGACGUGAAGACCCAGAGGAAUCCAGCAUCAGCCGAAGACACCUCCAGCGCUGUCGGCAGUGUUUCAGCUGUGUCGCCUGAAGUGCCUGCAUCUACCAAAACUAAGCAGACAGCUGUAGCAGCGAGCGAACAGCAGCCGGCAGCAGCCACGUCCUCUUCAGCUACGGCUGCCGAUCUGACUGUUGGGGAGAUGGUAGAAAAGCACCUGCAUCCAAAUAGUAUCACGUGCCUCAAGUCAGAAACCUGCUUCUUACCAAAAUUUAUGGCGCUUGGUAAGAAGCAGCUGAUAAUAACCAACCUGCCGAAGUAUCAGGAUGGCCUCUACACAGAGGAAGAUCUCGCCAAACUGUUCAUUCCAUUUGGAUUUAGAUAUCGGAAUGACUUGCUUGACUUUAUCUUUGUCGUUCCUCAGGCACGCAUGGCCUUCGUUGUGAUGCCGACAGUGAUGGAUGUGCAGAACAUAAUGCGAGACGUCAGAAAGAAGCGCUUUAUUCUCAAAAAGUCUCGACUGAGGUUACGUGUGGUGGACAGCGGAGUAACCAUGUCACCGCUUGGGUUUUAUAAAUCACUGAUGAAGCGGAUGAGUUCUCCUGUGGUUGAUGAUGGAGAGAGAACAAUCUUCAUCAAGAACAUUUCACCAGGCGAGGCCAGAGACCUCAGGGAGAAUUUGAGAAAAAUCGAAUUUGUCAGAAACUACCUGCCUCUCCUCAACAAGGUAUACAUCGAGUUUGAGUCCAUUCGUGAUGCUGAUAGGCUCGGAGUUUGGUACAGCCUCCUCAAUCGGGCCCCGGGUCACAGCGUCUACAGGCUGAAAACACCACACAGCGGCUGUACAUCACUACCACCAAGACUUCCCGCAAACGCUAUGCCGGACAGCAAGGAUGCUGUUGCCGGGGCAACCGUCCCGUCAACAGAGUUUGGCGUUCCAGAGGGCAGCGUGUCACCGUUUUGGGUCAUGAUGACAGCUGUUCCCUUUGUGUUCCCCACCAUGUCUCCUUGGUUCAGGAUCCCAGAAUAUCUGACAGUCAGAGGACAUGACGACAUUGCGAGGGCCAGCCGCCAGGGUUCGGAGUUCCACACAGUCAUGUUAACUGGUUUGCCAGAAGGAAACUACAGACACGAGGACGUUGCCAGGCUCGUCUGGACCUAUUUCCCCAAACAAAACCUUCACUCCCUGUACUACAACGUGACAGUCCUCACGCUGCAGAGGAGGGCUUUCGUGCAUUUCAGCGACUGGGCUGCGUGCUGCAGUUUUGCCCAAGAUCACAUCAGAAAUCCAGUUUCUGUCAGAGGCUCCAUACUCAAGCUCCACUUCGUCUUACAGCACAUGUAUCCUGAAUCGAGAGAGGAGCUCAUGUAUAAAACUCUGAUGAAAUGGAGCAACGCUCGUGUUCCAGAUGUAGAGUCUCUCGAGGAGCGUUUGCUCUGUGUUGAGAUCUCCGGGACAACUGUGGACGUCGUCAAGAUGGUCAUGGAAGUGGUGGCGUCCAUUGCGCCUUUUGUCAGCUUCCUGCCGCUCGCCAACAGGAUAUGUGUGGAGAUGGCUGAUUCCAGCGGUGUAACACAGGUGGUGGAGAACUACAACACCUUCUCACCGGGCUCUUUAUCGAAGCGCACAACUUGGAGUAAAGUUCAGCGUUUCGAGUCUUUGAAGAGCCUGAAAAAGCGUCUUGAGGACUCCAGUGAGACGACGAUAAACCUCGAACUGGGCACUGUCGAUGCUGAAGUCAUUUCUGAACCGGUCACAGCAGGACCGAGUGCCGACGUAACAAUGAAGGAGGAGGACAACGAGAAGAUGAGAGCUGAGAUAGCCAUGGACUCCACCAUUGCUCCUAAGGCAAAUGAGGAUGUAGAGAAAGCAGGAGUGAACAGGGAGCAGGGGCCACCAACAAUUCUAAAGAAUACUGCUGAUGGAAACAGCGUCCCUGCUGCUUCCAGCCUCACACUCUCAGCCACAAGUCAGGUCAAGUCCGACGACAACGCCGCUGAACUUGUUCGCAUUGACGAGGACGUAUUCAGGGUCCUUACAGCUGCAGUCCGCCAGCACAGACUUACCAGAGAAAGCAGGACAUGCAGUGAGGAGAAAGAGAGCCCCAGCACAAGCAACACAAGCUCCAGAGGUGUCAGUUAUAGAGAGACACCACAAACAAAGAGAUUGAUUCCGUCUUUGUUCUCGAUCCAGGAUCAGGAUGAUUUUACAGAUGACACCGUUUCGUCAGACGCCUACCUUUUUGAUGAGCACAAUUUCAACAUGGAGGACUUUGUCACCAUUGAUGAAGUUGGCGACGACGUGGGAGACAGAAGCCCUGACCACCAGAGCUCCUCAUCGUCUGAGCAGUCCUCCAGAGAGAAAAAAGAAAGGCAACGCUCAGAUUCAUCGUCCUCUGCCAAACAGACCUCAACAAGGUCCUUGAAAGACUCUAAAAGCUCGUCCUUUUCCUCAUCCUCCUCAUUCAAGUCAACUAAAGACUCAGUGAAGAGCAGCUCAUCUUCUAAAUCGACCUCUGUGUCAACAAAACAGCCGAAGGACUCAUCUGUGGCUCCCAAAUCCCUUCCCAAAUCGUCAUCCUCUGCCAGUGUCAGGAAGCCCUCUGCUUCCUCUUCUUCAGUGUCUCCAGAAACCUCUACCUCCCCUCAUCAAAAAACACAACAGAGCAAGACAAAACCUCCAGCUAGAGCAUCCAGUGCUUCAUCCUCGAGUUGCAGGACCCGAUCGUCCUCCACUGCGCGUGAAAGGGAAAAGAUGGCAUCAGCAGCAGCUGUAGAGUCGUCUCAUCCUCAGCCACAUGGAGAAGAAGCAAAAGCCUCGGAGAGCGCAGUGGCAGAGUCUGGCCACAGAGUGUCAGCAGAGGGAAUCGCUGUAAAAACUGGUGAGUCAGAGACAAAAAUAGAAACAUCAUCAGAGAUGCAUCCACCUGCACAAGCCCAGAGUCUGGAGAUUGAUUUUAAGGACAACGCCCUCGAAGACCUAGAGACAAGCAAAGAGGGAAGAAAGGACGAUGUUGACAAGCAUGAUGAUGCUGAAAAUUUCCAGAUCAUUGAUUCACUUGAUGACCAGUCAGAUGAACAUAUGGACGAUGGAAACCAAGCAGGCAGCUCUGAAACCCAGUUACCCGAACCGGAGAAAGGCCAGGGUUUGCAUGAGGAAACCUUUCAGGUCAACAAGGAAGGUAAAACCUGCCCAGAAGAGUGCAGCAAUAAGGAAGUGAGCACUUCUUUGCAGGUGGAAGACAGUGCCACUGACGACCAAGCAGCUGCAGGUCAGGAGGGCGGAUCCCUGUCUGAAGAUUACGGUAAGGAGGAGGUCAGAGGCAAAAGCAUUUCAGCAGAAUCCUGCAAAACCUCCACAAAUGUUGAAAAAGCUGAUGAGCAAAUCCUAAAUGACGACCGUGAUGUUACCGAGCAAGAAACCUUCGAGAUAUUGGAUUCAGUUGACGAUCAGAUGGCAACAGAAGAAGAAAACCAAAAACCCGAAACGCCCGGUGAUCAGAUGUCUAAAGAAGACAUGAGGUGCACAGAAGAAGAGGAAGAUACCUAUCAGGUAAUCGAUUCUGUUGAAGAUCAGCCAACAGCCACAGAGUCUGAGGCUGACGACAAGGAAAAAAGAACCAAAAAAGUGGAGGUGGCUGCUAGAAAAGAUGAGCGAUCAUCGAGGAGGAGUGGCCUCAGGACCAGAGCAUCCAAAAGUGAAGAGAAGGAGAAAUCACCCAAGAAACAGGACAGGGCGUUUAAGAAAUACGAAACGCGAACGAAGACGGACGCCACUGCAGGAGUGUCUAAAAAAGACAAAGAUCUCACUGAGGACAUGGUGUAUGAAGUAGUAGAUUCUAUUGAAGAUGAACCGGUUCAAGAUACAGACGCCACAGAAAAAUCUGGUAGGAGGAGGAGUGCAAGGGGAAAGAAAGAGGAUAAAAUGACACUGAAACUCCCUGAAGCAUCUGAAAAACCCGGUGGAGACGAGGAGGCUUCAUAUGAAAUUUUAGACUCUGUGGAGGACGAGGCCGUCACAGGAGAACCAACAAUUAUUACAAGACCUACCAGAGGAAGAGGGGAAAGACCAACGAAGAAAGAUGCUUCAAGUGAGAAAACAAAAAAAGACGGCACGCCAACAAGGAGGCACACUCCUGCCAGAGAAUCGCCAAAGAAAGAGCAGAAAGCAGCUCCGAAAGAGAGCACACCAACGAAGAAGAGUGACAGUGUUGUAAGAGAGGUAAGUGAGGACGAUGCCACCUAUGAAAUAUUAGACUCUGUGGAAGACGAGGUUGUUAAAGACGACCGGCCUGCCACAGGAGGAAAAGGAAAAAGGGGAAGACCAAAGAAGACUAAAAAAGACACAGCAACACUGAAGAAAGGCGACAAAGAUGGACCUGAAAAAGUGGCUCAUGAAGAAGACGUGACAUAUCAGAUUCUUGAUGCUGUGGAGGACGAGAUGGUCGACGAUCACCCUCCCACAGGACUGUCAACGAGCGCGAGAAAGGAAAAGCAAGCAAAGAGAAGCGCACCUCUCACAGCAUCACCCAAAAAUGAGGAGGAGGAGGAAGAGGAGCCCAUGUAUCAGAUUGUAGAUUCUCUGGAAGAUGAUGAAGAGGUGUCCAAAAGAGUCAUGAAGGAAAGGAGUAAGACAAAAGAUGACACUUGUCCAAAAGAGGAGGCACCAGCUCUCAAAGAAGACAUACCUGCACACAGCACCGCCAGUGUCGAACCGUCUGAAAGAGCUGGCGAUUUAGAGGAUGUUGACCCGUCUGCUGAAGAAGAGUCUGGUAUGGGAAAGAAGGGAAGAUCACCCAAAACAGACGUUAAGAAAGAGUGUAAAUCAACUACUAAGCCCCGAAGUGAUACUGCGACACCAGCUGGGGUGAAGAAUCAAAAGUCACCCAAGAAAAAUGACUCAGCGAGCGCUUUGGUGAACCUGGAUGAAGUGAGCGAGGAGGAGGAGGAUUACCCUGACGACACGGCCGAGGAGGAAGAACUGAGGAAGAGGCAGGCUGCCGCGAAAGAGAAGCAGCUCGCCAAGGAGCGAGAGAAGGAACAGGAAGAGAGGAGGACCAGGGAGAGAGAAGACAGGGAGCGAAGAAGCCGGAGCAGCAGCAGCAGCAGCAGCGGGGGAGGGACAAGGAAGGCGAAGGAGAGGGGAAGGGAAAGGGAAGAGAAGGAGGAGGUAGACACCAGGGAGAUGGUGACUCUGGAUGAGGUGGGAGCAGAUGAUGUUGGAGAGGAAAGAGCUGCACAAGAUGGAGAGUGGGAUGGGGAGAUGACGGAGGGAGAGCUGCAGGCGCUCGUCACUCUGGAUGAAAUUGUAGAAGAGGAGGAGGAGGGGAAGGCCCGCCCACCCAGCAAGGAGGACGAAUCAGUGGACUCCUUAAACCCAGAGACUUUGGUGACAUUAGAUGAAGCAGGCGGUGAUGAUGAAGAGAAGAUGGGUGAAAACGAAGCUGAGAAAAGAUCUGCCAAACGCAAACACCAUGACGACGCAGAGGAGAGUGUGAACUUUGUGACGGUAGACGAGGUGGGAGAGGUUGAAGAGGAGGAAGAAAAGGAAGCUACUGUGACAAGAGGCCGAGCCAAGAGGAGGACCAGACAGACCCCCGUGAGAAAAUCUACCAGAGGGAAAAAGGUUGGGGCAAAAGAUGAGAGGGUGGAAGAAAAGGAACCAGCUGUCUUUGAUGGGAAACCUCCCGCUUCACUCGAUGCCUCGUCAUCUUCGGACAAAGAUCCAUCGACGUUGUCACGUGACAUCCAGCGAGAGGUGGAAGGAGCGAGCCGUGCCGACGUGGACGCCACCCCUGCUGGGUCGGACCUGCAGCCGGAGCACCCAGAGAGGCAGAGCCAGGACGGGUGUGUGGAGGAAGGAGAAGAGGACAAGGAAGGAUGGAGCAGGGCGGACAUUAAAGCUGUGAGUAAAAGGAAGACGGAGCUCGUCGGACCUGAGGCAAAGCGAUCUCGUUCUCAGUCUCCUUGUGUUGCUGCCGACUUCAAACUGCCGCCAUUCAACCCCAACAACCCCCUCGGUCAGGAGUUUGUGGUCCCCAAAUCAGGGUUCUUCUGCAAUCUGUGCUGUGUUUUCUACCUGAACGAGAGCACGGCCAAGGACCUCCACUGCAGCAGCCAGAGACACUACGACAACCUGCAGAAACAUUAUCAGAAGCUCCAGAAGAAACCGCCAAGAAGUUCAACACACAGUUCUCAAGGCUCCGUUUCUGAUUGAUCCAGACUUCAGCUACUGAUCUUUUUUUUUUUCAUUAUUAUUAUUAUGCUUAAUUAAAAUGUGAGAAUAUUGUAUAUUAUUCUUCUACCGUGAUAAUUAAGGAAUAUUUUAGUGGAUUUUUCCACUGGGAUUAAAACACCGUCCAACUCUACAGCUCACAUUUAAAGGAGUUCCAUGUAUUAUAGUCAUUAAUAAAUGUGUGUUUUAUGUAAACAUGUUUGCUAAUGACAGAAAAUCCUAUUGAUCAGAUCCUGUGUGGUGAAAGCUCACUGCUCAGACUGUCUCUACGCAGCGGUCCAAUAUUUUGACUUACUUCUGUCAUACAGUUUGUUUAUUUUCUGUUUCUAUAAAAUGCUGAAUAAAACUUGAGUUUCUCUCAUGA